AUGUCGCACUUGGAGCUCAAAGACAGUGGUAAUCGCUUCUUUGCCACCUCCGACUACGCACGAGCUAUUGAGUGCUACACUCUUGCCAUUAAGAAAAACAGCUCUAUCUCCACAUAUUAUUCGAACCGAGCACUUUGCUAUCUGCAGCUGAAGUUCUAUGAUCGGGCUCUUGCUGAUUGUCGACGAGCUCUUGAGCUGGACCCAAGCAAUUUGAAGGCUUUCUUUUUCGCGGGCCUGUGUCACUUGGCACUAGGUCAUUAUGACGAGGCUGUGGCUAAACUUACUACUGCGCACUCGCUGGCUUUGGAGACACACAAAAACUUUGGGGAUGAUAUUGCCGCCUCCAUUCGUCUGGCCAAGCGAAAACGUUUUGAGCAGCUGGACGAAAAACGCCGCCAAGAGGAGAUAGAGUUUCAGGCUAUGCUCUUGGUUUACCUUAGCAAGUUAAUAAUUGAGGAUGGUGAGCGUCGACUCAAGGCCCUGCAAGAAACCAGUGCAAAGGAGGAUGACGAGGAUGCUGUGAAGUCGCAGAAGAAAGUAAUGGAUGACAUAGAAUCCAUUUUUCCUGAAUCCGGAAAAGAUAUUCCGAACUGUGAUAGGAACAGUGCUAGCGUGGAUGUCCAAGUCUCUAUUCGGCGUCCACCCCAAACUGCUAGCCAAAUAGAAGCCGAAACGGCGACUAGGCUGCGUGAUUUGGAUGCCAUUUUCGCACAGGUCGAUGAGAGGCGAAUGAAGCGAGAGUUACCUGAUUAUCUCUGUGGUCAGAUAAGCUUUGAGCUGAUGCAGGAUCCUGUGAUAACCCCUAGUGGUAUCACUUAUGAUCGGCAAUCAAUACAGGCGCAUCUGAGGCAGGUUGGGCACUUUGAUCCAAUUACGCGGCAACCCCUGACGCAAGACCAGCUCAUUCCCAACUUAGCGAUGAAGGAGGUUGUCUCCAAGUUCCUCGAGGAGAAUCCAUGGGCUGAUGGCUUUUAA